GGGGCGUGCAUGUCAGUAAGAAGACUUCUGUAAAGUCAGCUCUCCUGUCUCCUCGGUCAUCGCUCCUCAGGUCUCCCUCCUCUCUCCUCGAUCCUCUCUCCCUCCUUUCCAAAGAGCUUUGGACUGUCCUUAACAUGGCGGGCCUAGAGGAGCGAGGAAACGAGGAAACGAGAAAAGAGAAAUGAGAUGCAGGGCAAGUCUUGACAUGUCUGCCGCUGAGAGGCAGAUGAAGUGAACUUUGUCUCAGCAGUGACUUUAACUAGCCACACCCUGAAUGCAUUACCUCUUCUUCGAUAUCAAUCGGAAGUAAGAGACCUUUAAAGGGCUAUUUAACUGCAAGAACCUCUGUCUGGAUCUUGAACUCAAUAGAAGCACUAUACAAAUCCUGGUCACCAUGGCAGCCACAGGACCAGGCUGCUUUGCCCCCAGUGAUCGCCUGACUGCUAUUUUCAGGGAGUGCUCCAGAGAUCCAACCGAGGUGAUUAGGACCCGACUGAGAAGGUUGUUAAACACAUUUCUUCAGCACCACAGGAACGUUGCAGGAAAUGAGGGGACCAACGAGUUGGCAGGUAGGUGCUGCCACCAAGCUGGGAUUUGGUAUUACCGCAUCCUGGAGAAGCACGCCAUUGGAGAGAGGAAAAGGCUGGGCAUCGCUGAUAUUUCAAGCAUCUUGAACAAUGAACUGUACCAUUACUGUCUGGUGGCCUGUUGUCUGGAGAUGGCCAUAUCAUCCAACAACCUACCAUGUGACUUCCCUCUGCUUCUUCAGAUCAUCAGACUGGCACCAUACCACUUUGGAAAGGUGAUAGAGCCGGUUCUGCGAGUAAGAGACGGCCUGUCUCGUACUGUCUUCAGACACCUCGCUCAAGUGGAGGAGAAAAUCCUGGAGAGCUUGGCCUGGACCAGCGACUCACCUCUGUGGGAGGACAUCAGAGCCAAUGACGGCCGUCUGCCUACCUGCCAACAGGUGAUGGCUCCUAACAGUCUUGAAGACCCGAGCAGGCCUGUUUUGCAACCUGAUGAAAACCUACCAGGAGUGCCUGCAAACCACAAUCAACAGCCUUCAGCUGAAGACAGACCACCAAUAGGCACCUGUUUGUCUGUGUUUUCUCGAAAGGUUUACAUGUUGAUGAGCUCAAGGCUGAAGGAUAUUUCUUCCAAACUGGGCCUUUCUGAUGAGCUGCGCUUGAAGAUCUGGACCUGUUUUGAGCACUCUGUUGUCCACUUCACUGACAUCAUGGCAGACCGUCACCUGGACCAACUGUUCAUGUGUGCCGUCUACAUCAUUGCUAAGAUUACCUGUAUGGAAUUACCCUUCAAACGCAUAAUUGCGUGCUACAUGUCUCUGCCACUUGCCAGCAGAAAUGUCUAUAAAGAUGUGCUGAUUUCUGGAAGAAACACAGAGAAUUCUCCAGUUGGGAAUAACAACCCCAGUGUUUCUGCUCUGACCCCUCACACACCAUCAGCACAUUAUCCAGCACCACGUCAAGAGGACAGGGGAAACCUCAUUAACUUUUACAACCAAGUCUACGUGCCAAAGAUGAAAGACUUGGCCAUGCAGUUUGCCCCACCUCCUGGCGUUCGCACUCCCCCCUUGACCUUACUUCCCCAGCAGUACAGAGCAUCUCCUCGCAGAUACAGACUGUCAAGCAGUCACCACAUCUACAUUUCACUGUACAACAGAGAAGCGGCUCCCCAACGGGCACCUGGACUCACCUACACCUUCAACUCAGACAACUCUGAGCGUCUGCGUCACAUCAAUAACGUGGUCUCAGGCAGGAUCCCCAGCAGGCGGCCACAUGUUGCUUCCUCAAUGAACGGAGCAGAGGAGGUAGAAGGAGAUGAUGGUCCUCCUAUAAGGAGGCGUCGUUUGGACCUUCCGUCAGCCUUUCACAGGCGACUGAGGGAUGUGGUGAAUGAUCGAGUGGCAGAAAGAGACCAAGGCCAACCACCUGCACAAGAGCAGAUGUGAUCAUGCCAUAUUUAAAAAAAAAAAUCAGGCAUCAAGUAAUUUGGUUUCUUUGAAGGUACUUUUAAAAAUUUCUUCAGGCUAAAUUAUUUCACAAAAAUCAGUGUUGUCUGCCCUCCGAGCUUAAUGCUAUCCUUUCUCUGCACUGCACUUUUUCUGACACCAACUCUCGGUGUUCUUUUCAUUAGUUAGCACUCAGCUCAUUGACCACCAAAGCUUAUAGGUUGUGGUCGACUUGGGCAGCUCCUGCAGUGGAACUGUACGAAGAUGUUUGAAUCAAGGAAGGGCGAAACCGGAAAUGUUUACUGCCCUUUGGAUGAAUCUGGUUUAAAAGGGGAGGGAGGUAACAAAUUGUGCUGCACUUAAAAGUGAAGGAUAAACUCGUCCCAGGAUUGUCAAGCCCCUCACAGCAUGAACUGGACUGAUUAUAUGUCCAGUUUCAAAAGAAUUUCUUGUCCUGUUUAAUGAUGUAGGAUUCAGAAUACUGAUUCCUUUAAGGAUUUUACUAUUCAAGUGCAAUAUUUUUUGUGCUUCAAUCCAUUUUUAAUGCUUUAAAAAAAAAAAGGGAAACUAAAUUUUUCUAAUUUCUUAAACAAUUGUAAUCUUUUUCACUAUAUUUAUAUUUAUAACAAAUAUUUAUAACAAAAGAAGCAUUCUUUUGCUUUCGAAGUCUAUUGAAGUCGAUUAUAAUAUGUCUGAGUUUCUUAAAAGCAAUCAGUGUUGCAUAUACGUGAACGUGCAUUUAUUUAAAACUUUUAUGUAUUCGUAUCUCUAUUACAUCCUCUUUCAAUAAAUGAUUGUCUUUA